AUGAAUAUUGAUCUUUUGAACCUUGACCUUCUCAUCUGCAUAGCUGAAUAUCUUGGCGCCAAGGAUAUUGUUCGGUUGGCCAGUUGUAGUCGAAAAUUACUACCGCUGGGUGGAGUGGAUUCCUUGUGGAAGCGACUGUGUCGUACAGAUCACGGUAUUACCUACAAUUGUCCUACACAGACUUACCGACGGCUUUACAUCCAAUGUACCCGUCAUGAAUUUGGCCGCGCCGCCUGUCGUCACUUGAGCAGAUAUCGCUUGGACGAUCCAUGGCCGGAAAUAUCGGCUGUGAAAAUGGACCGGUGGCAGCACAUCACCUGCAAAUUUUGUCACGUCUCUGGCAUGGAGAAUAUCUUUGUCUGCGUUGAUCAUCAUUGCCACGCCGUAGUCUGUGAUCGGCAUGCUCGCCUCCACUCUCGACAAGGAAGCCAUGACGUCUUUGUCAAACUGAAUAUGGCCGAACUAUUCUGUCAGAUCUGCGUAGAUUGGUUGGGUGGCCUUGACGCCGAUCCUGCUGAGCAAUAUUUCGCUUCGUCCAUUUGCCAGCAAUGGUCGAAAGCACUCUAUUCGACCGAAACAGCCCGCUACAUCAAUUCUCUGCGGGAAAUUCGUCGUUAUGAGCGGUAUCUUCGUUGGGCAGAUACGCCACAGCGUAUGAUAAAGGACGAAGAAGGAUUCCGCUUCGUGACGGCCGAUUGGAUCGUUCAGUGGGAACUGUUUAUCGAAGGAUGGCGCACCGCCGCCCCCGAACAAAAGAUCGAUCAUCAACCUUAUCGCGUCAAAAAUGGAUCGAUCCGACUUUCUGUGCGAUUCAAUCCCUACUCUGUUGACACUACGGAUGUCGUUAUUGUAUCGACCAAAACUUGGUCCUAUUUAAUAGAGAGAUAUGGCAUAGAGGGUCAUGCCAUUACUGAAGAUGACCUGGUGCCAUCGGAAGCGUAUCAGAAAUGGAAAGAUAUCCUUCAACGAUGGAAAAACAGAGCCAUGGCAUCAUAGAAAUAAAU